UAAUCUCCAAGUUAUUGAUAAUCGCUAGGCGUUGACCGACCGCCCGACUUACGAUUGGCGUAGUUUCGAACAUGGAAAAAAACUUAUCCAUGCGCUCGGAUUAUCAUCAUUAGAAAAUUUAAGCAGGCAAAAAAAAAUUAUCUCCGACUAGGGUGCCAAACCGUAGCCGUUUUAAUAAACGAAAUUGUUUGUUUAAUCUUUUUUUUUUUUUGAAACACAAAAUUGUUUGUUUAAUCAUCUCUUUUAAUCACAAAGGAACACCUCUAUCUGUCUGGGAUCGCUUUAAUUGAGGUUCACCAUUUUCACGGAGCAAGACGAUGGCUCAAAAUUGUUUGAAUCCUUCUUUCCGAAUCUCUAAAACCAUAAUCAAUCACUCUCACUUCGUCAAGAAUUUAAAGAAUCCGAGCUUAAACUCGCGAUGGCGCCUCAUGGUUAAUCGAAUCCGAUGCUCAGCUUCAUCCGACGGUGUCGGCAACACCUUAAGAACUUGCAAGCAUUGCAAAACCCAAUUCAAUCCCAUACGCAACUCUCCACAAGCUUGUAGAUUUCACACUGCUCAUUUCGGAGGAGAGACGAAGAGGAAGUUCGAGAGUGUAUACACUGGCGGGACGAUGGAUACACCAAACUCUGGCAAAGUUUUACAGUAUUGGCAUUGUUGUGGUUCUGAAGAUCCCUUUGAUCCUGGUUGUACUGCUUCCCCUCACUCCACAUAUGACGAUUGAUCCAAUUUUUCUUUGUUUAUGUAAUCUAAAAUAAUGUAAUGAAGUUGACUAUAAAGGAAAAGAAUAUUCUUUAGUGCUUCUUAAUUCUCUUUAAUCACAUUACCUUGCCAUAUUGUACACAACAAGGUUACCUUUGCUCGUCAGUUAUGUGUUUGUUUUUUUUUCUUGUCGUCUAUUGAUUCUUGCCCUAUGAUCUUGGUUUUGCUUAUUGUUGUGAUAGUUAAAAACGUUAGCGUUAGCCUUUGGUUUAGUUUAUUCCUGAUGUUUUUUUUUUUUUUUGUCGUUUGAUUCUAUAUAUCAUUUGAGUUUUCUCUAGUUGGUAAGAAUUAGGAUGGGAGAUCAUUUAGUGUUGGUGGUUGAUAAGUUAUCGAGCAAUUCUGGUCUCGUAGCGUUACAGGUAGACACAGUUAAGGAAGAUGAUGCAUCUGCAGGAACCGAUGAUGUAUGUAAGAGAGAAUUUGUACAAUGCAGGAUUUGUCAUGAUGAAGAUGAAGAUUCCAACAUGGAUACUCCCUGUUCUUGUUCCGGAACAUUAAAGUUUGCACAUCAUCAUUGCAUCCAGAGAUGGUGCAACGAGAAAGGUGACACCUUAUGUGAAAUUUGCCGUCAGCAAUAUAAACCUGGUUACACAGCUCCCCGCCAAUUGUUUCACUACACAGGCAUCUCUAUGAACUUCAGGAGUGAUUGGGGAAUAGAGGCACUAGAUCUUCGUAACCCUUAUUUUCUUACCGAUGAUCACGAGCUUUAUUCGUUUCAUAGCCCCACGAGCUUGGUUUGUUGUCGUGUAAUUGCCUUGCUGUUCAUCUUUCUACUGUUCUUGCGCCAUUCUCUUCCAGUUCUUUUAGGUGGAAUCGAUGAUUUCUCGUUAACUUUGCUUCUGUUGCCAUUAUUGAAAACAUUGGGAAUCUUGCUGGUUGCAUAUUUCUUAGUCAAGUCAUUCACAGCUAUACAACGUUGCAGGCAAGAAAGAGAUACGAGAUUCUCUGGUUUCUCUUCUGAUGAAGAAACUGCGCCGCCUUGGAUAUUGCCCGAACGACCUGAACUGCAGGUUCCCGUAAACUAAGACAAUCAGUUCUUAAAUUCUCCUUCUGUGGUUUGAUAAUGAUUUGUACGUAUGUGUACCAUUACAACAUUAUACACAAACUAUACAUACCCAUUAAAUAAACGUUGCUUUGGUGGUAUGGUA